AUGGCGUACCGUGGAUCCUGCAACUGCGAAAGCAUUAGCAUCAUGCUCCCGGAGCAACCCGCGAAAUCAUUUGUUUGUCAUUGUGAUAACUGCAAGAAAGCUGGUGGGGGUGGUAGGAUCGCAAUCUUGACUGUAUCCCUAGUCGAUCAGAAACUAACCGGAAUGCUGAACAGCCUUCUCGAUCAACUAUUUUAUCCCCGAAGAUGA